AUGUCCAACGAUAGCGGCCGAGUACGCUGCCACUGCGGCAAGAGAUUUAACAGCUCUCAAGCCAUGGCACAGCAUAAUAUUGACCCUCGGCCUGCGCCCACGGCGAGUAUUGCCAUGACACUAUUGACAUGCAGCUGUGGCAAGCCCUUCCUAACGACGAACGCGAUGCAACAACACAAACGCGAUGCUCCAAUACACGCCAUAGGGAAAAACCAGGAAAGAAAUAAUAACAAAGAAAGCACCCAGACAAAGCAUCCAACAAGGUCGAGGGUUAAUGAAAGCAAUACCAGCUGGAAGCAUAGAAAUUAUGGCCUUUUUUCGGGAUCUGGAAUCUGGCACUCGGACGUUGGCGAUAACUACGGGCAAUUUUUGCUACAGAAUCGUAACUCAAGUGACCGAUGGAGCAAGGAGAUCUGGAUACCGGGGUUAGGACAGUACUAA